CCCGAUGGUCAGAUAUUUACAGCUUCUGAUCUAAAACAAUAUAACGGUGAUGAUCCACAGAAGCCAAUCUAUUUAGCUGUUUUGGGCCAAGUAUUUGAUGUAACCAAAGGAAAGGAACAUUACGGUAAAGGUGGUGGAUAUAAUUUUUUUUCCGGUCGUGAUGGCACAAGAGCUUUCGUAACUGGAGAUUUUAGUGAGAAAGGUCUAAAUGAUGAAAUUAAAGGGUUAUCUCAUGAGAACUUCAUAGGUAUUAAAGAAUGGAUCGAUUUCUAUCACAAAGAUUAUUCUUAUGUCGGCAAAUUGAUAGGGAGAUUUUAUAAUGCAAAAGGCGAACCUGCUCCAAUUUUGUCUAAAAUCAAAACCAGGCUAAGUAAAGCAUACGCAUUACGGAAAGAAGCCGAAAAUGAGAAUUUUAAAAUGCCAGGAUGUAAUACACAUUGGACUAAAGAAGAGGGGACAGUUUAUUGGUGCGAAAAAAAGAGUGGGGGCAUUGAAAGAGAUUGGGUUGGUGUUCCGCGAAAACUGUUUUACGAGAAUGGCAAAUUUAAACGAUGUGCCUGUAUUCGAACCAAAGGCCCUUCAAGUUUCGAGUCUAGUAAAAAUAGCAACAAUGGAGAUUUAGACUAUCAUCUACUUAAAGAGUAUGAUGGUUGUGCCUUUGCUUCCACAACUUGUUCA